AUGUCUCAAACAGUGCUCAUGAAGGAAUACAAGGCUUUGGCUAAGGAGAAAUGGGUUCAGAUCGAGAUCGAUGAAGAUAACAUCUACCAUUGGAAUCUGGCAUUGAUGGUCAUUAACCCCGAUUCGCUUUACUAUGGCGGCUAUUUCAAGGCUCAGAUGAGCUUCCCAAGAGAUUAUCCCUACAAACCACCGGACUUCCGGUUUUCCAAACCACUAUGGCAUCCAAAUAUCUAUGCUGACGGCCGACUUUGCAUUUCCAUUCUUCAUGCACCUGGCGAGGAUAUCAUGUCUGGCGAGAGCGCUGGCGAACGCUGGUCCCCAGCACAGCGAGUUGAAUCCGUACUCAUCUCCAUUCUUUCCUUACUGGAUGAUCCCGAAAUCUCUUCUCCAGCCAAUGUCGACGCCAGUGUCAUGUUUAGGGAUGACAAGGAUGCAUUCAAAGCAAGAGUGAAGCAGGACGUCGAAGCUUCAAAGAAGGACAUUCCGGAAGGGUUCGUCAUGCCUACGCACGAGACCACUAAGCCGGUUAUCGAGAAGGUUGAUGAUGAUUUCUGGAAUGAUAGCGACGCGGAAGAUGUGGAUUUCGACGACUUCGACGACUUUGACGAUGAUGUGGUUAAUGGAAGCGAAUCGGAUCAGGAGCUGAACAAUGAUUCGGAAGACGAGGAGAACUAUGAUGAUGAAGAUGACGACGACACGGAGCAUGCUAAGGGCAAGGCACGGGGAGAUCGGCUCGACUCUGAUAUGACGGAAGCAGACGAGUAA